GAUCCUCCUUUACCACCACCAUCUCUGUAGCUUCCGGUGUGCUGCGCGGGGAUCCCUGGAACGGAACAGCUGAGCGCGUCAGCCGACCAGUUUCGCGUCGGCGUCACGAGUGCAGAAAAUCUCCGCGUCCCUGAACGCCACCGCGAAUCAACCGUCGCCUUCGCCGGUUCCACACUUCGAGUAGUAUUAGAAUCCCCUCCUCCCUCUCCCGUUUCAUUUCAUCCUCCGUCUCGAUCCGCUAACGGUGACACGACACACAGCCGACCAGCAGCGAGCGAAGCGAAUCCGCCAUGGCUUCCGCCUCCAACACCAACCAGAAGAGCCUCUACCCUGAGGUAGCCCAAUCCCACCCCGACCACAACGCAGCCUUCCACUCCAAUCCCCCCGCUGCCGGCGCCACCGGCGCCUCGCUCUACCCCACCGUCGACCCCCGGGAACUCGCCGAGGACCUAUUCCCGGCCGACGCGGCGGAGGACGCCGCCCCGGCCCCGCCCACCGUCGAGGAGACCCUCGUCGCCGUGCCGGGCACGCAGCUCCACCUCGUCGACCCCGACCGCAGCCUCGACCUCGGCGCCGGCACGCUCUCCAUCGUCCGCCUCCGCCAGGGCGACCACGCCGUCGCCGUCCUCGCGCGCCUCACCCCGGACAAGUCCCAGCAGCGGCGCGGCCUCUUCCGCUUCCUGAGCGGCGGCGGGCGGUCCAGCGAGGCGCAGGAGCCCGUGCAGUGGCCGCUCGCCCGCGAUGUCGCCGCCGUCAAGCUCGACGCCGCGCACUACUUCUUCUCGCUCCACGUCCCGCAUACCGACCACCCGGACGACGCGGAGGAGGCCGCCGAGGCGGAGAAGGACGCGGCGGACGGGGAGUCGGCGUUGAGCUACGGGCUCACGGUCGCGGGGAAAGGGCAGGAGAAAGUCCUGGAGGAGCUGGACACGGUGCUCAAGGAGUACACGACCUUCUCCGUGAAGCAAGUGGAUGCUGCGGCGAACGAGAAGUCGGAGGUGAUGGACACGAGGGCGGUGACGGAGAUCACUCCGGAGGAGGCCGUCGGGGACAAGAAGGAGUUAAUGGAGGAGCAGUCGGCGGCGUUCUGGACCACAAUCGCACCAAACGUGGACGACUACAGCUCAUCAGUGGCGAGGCUUAUCGCCAAGGGUUCGGGGCAGCUGGUAAGGGGCAUCAUCUGGUGCGGGGACAUCACAGCAGGGGGCUUGAAAUGCGGGGAGGCGGUGUUGAAGAAGAGCGUGGGGCCGAGCGGGAAGCCGGCGCAGGUGAAGCCGAGCUCCCUCAGGAGGAUGAAGAGGGCUAGAAGAGUUACGAAAAUGUCCAACAGGGUGGCAAAUUCAAUCCUAUCAGGAGUUCUCAAGGUCUCCGGGUUUGUUACCAGCACUGUGUUGAACUCGAAACCUGCCCAGAAGUUCUUCAAAUUAAUGCCUGGCGAAGUUAUUCUUGCUUCACUCGAUGGAUUUGGUAAAGUAUGGGAUGCUGUUGAGGUGUCUGGGAAGAACGUGAUGCAAACAUCUUCAGUUGUCACAACUUCAGUUGUAACACACAGGUACGGUGACCAAGCAGGCGAGAUAACACAAGACUACCUUCACGCCACUGGCAAUGCCCUUGGAGUUGCGUGGGCGGUGUUCAAGAUUCGGAAAGCACUGGACCCAAAGGGGAACUUGAAGAAGUCUUCCAUGGCGAGCGCAGCAGCGCACGCUGUAGCUAAAGAAUCGAUAGGUCGGCAGAAGAGAAAGUAGGCAACGUACGUGGUCGAUAGCUCCUUUGUACUAUGUUGAUGUCGAAUUUGUCGUGUGAAGGUGUGAGCUAGGUGGUCUUUGUAAUACACUGAAAUGUACUAAUGUUGAUGUCAAGUUUCUUCAGUUAGUCGGUUUUAGUUGGUUGUACGUGUAACACUUCUGAGAUGUGAAUUUUACGUCGCAAAACGAGAUGAGUGUUUGGCUGUUGAUGUGGUCAUGCUGUAUGUACAAAUGUACAAUGGUGUGUGUGUUAACGUGCAAUUUAACUUGUUUUUUUAUGA